UUUCUCUCGAAACUGACCAAAAGUAUACAGUCACGGAGAAAAGUUAGUCGACUCUCCAAAGCUAAUUAACUAACCAAAUUCUCCAAAGCCAACUCAAAACCUCCAGUGUAAACUGUAAAUUGGAACCCUAAACCAGAAAUCCUCAACUCCCAAUGUAGAUUCUGAAUGAGCUGUGCUCGUUUUGGCUUUCUCUGUUUUUUUGGAUGAAGACGAUGACUUUGGCGCAAGCUUUUUCCGUUCCGAACGUCCCUUCUUCGUGCUAUCAAUGUGGAAUUAAUGGGGAUUGCAAGUCUCAGAAGGAAGAUCUCAAGGUCUCCGUUUUGGCUUUGGCUACUGCAGGAAGCUCUAAUCUCGGGCUCUCUAGGAUUUCGAUUGGGUCGCAUCUGUGGAGGUCUGAAGCUCACAGCCGGCGGUGGAGAUCCAACGCCGUUGACACCCGCAUUGUCCAGAAUGCACCCUCUCGGACCACUGUCGAAAUCCCCGUUAACUGUUACCAGCUUCUUGGUGUUCACAAUCGAGCUGAGAAAGAUGAGAUAGUUAAGUCUGUGAUGAAUUUGAAGAUUGCUGAGAUUGAAGAAGGUUACACCAUGGAUGCUGUCGUAUCUCGUCAGGAUCUUCUAAUGGAUGUGAGGGAUAAGCUUCUUUUUGAACCAGAAUAUGCUGGCAAUAUGAGAGAAAAUAUCCCACCUAAAUCUCCCCUUCGAGUUCCUUGGGCUUGGUUGCCUGCUGCUCUUUGCCUCCUUCAAGAGGUUGGAGAGGUGAAGCUUGUGCUGGAUAUUGGCCGGGCAGCUCUUCAGCAUCCAGAUGCUAAGCCUUAUAUUCACGAUUUGCUUCUUUCUAUGGCUCUGGCUGAGUGUGCAAUUGCAAAGAUUGGUUUCGAGAAGAACAAGGUGUCCCAAGGAUUUGAAGCACUUGCUCGUGCUCAGUGUUUUCUAAGGAGUAAAAUAUCUCUUGGAAAAAUGACACUGUUAUCGCAGAUAGAAGAAUCUCUGGAGGAGCUCGCACCUGCUUGCACGCUGGAUCUAUUAGGCAUGCCUCCUUCACCCGAAAAUACUGAAAGGAGAUGUGGAGCAAUUGCGGCCUUGCGUGAACUGCUCAGACAGGGCCUUGAGGUGGAAGCUUUGUGCCAAGUCCAAGACUGGCCAUGCUUCCUGAGCCAAGCUCUUAAUAGGCUAAUGGCUUCAGAGAUAGUUGAUCUUCUUCCAUGGGGUAAUUUAGCUGUUACACGAAAGAAUAAGAAAUCACUUGAGUCACACAAUCAAAGGGUUGUAAUCGAUACCAGUUGUUUCUAUGUGGUCUUAAUAGCCCAUUUAGCACUUGGAUUUUCAAGCAAGCAGACAGAGUUGAUAGACAAAGCAAAAACGAUAUGCGAAUGUUUGAUAGCAUCAGAAGGAAUGGAUCUGAAAGUUGAAGAAGCUUUUUGCUUGUUUCUUCUUGGACAAGGUACUGAGGUGGAGGUUGUUGACAAGCUUCAACAGCUUGAAUCGAACUCAAAUCCUGCUGCACGAAGUUCAAUCUCAGGGAAGGAAAUAAAACAUGUUUCUGGUGCAAAACCAUCAUUGGAAAUGUGGCUGAAGGAUGCUGUGCUUGCUAUCUUUCCAGAUACACGAGAUUGUUCACCGUCGUUGGUCAACUUUUUCAGUGGAGAAAAAAAAUCUCCUGGGAGCAAGAAAAGUAAAGUUCCACAAACUGUGCGUACGGUAUGCCACAGACCAUUGGUCUCUUCUCCCCUGUCAGAGAGGAAAAGUUUUGAGGAAUCUCUUCCAUAUGCAAGCUCUUCUCGACUUCUUGGGCCUGCUGUUAAGCAGUUGGCUCCAGAUUUGCAAAGUCCAUUGAUAUUGGACAAAGGUAGCAGCGGAAGCAAUGAUUGCGGGUCUUGUGAAUCAAACAAGAAUCCUGGCAUGCACCAUAAUAAAAAUUGGGAAAGUUGGCUGCCCCAAGAAUUGAUUGGAAGGAUAACUUCUGUUGCUGUACUGGGGUGCAUUGUGCUUGUUACCUAUAAAUUAUCAGGCAUGAAUGUUGGUAAGAUGAAUAGAGCUUCUAAAUGGAACCCCAGUACCCCAAACGUGGAGACAAGUUCACUUCUUCAGACAACAGAUUCGAUGGUGGAUUACGGGCUUGAUUAUACCCAAGGAAGUGGUAUUGCUGGCAGACUCAAGAAGCUUCUGGCAAGUGCUAAUAUCCAGUUCAAGAACCGCCCAGAUGCUAGAAAUCCUUAUGUUUUAUCCCCUGCUGCUAGUCUAUCAGCGACUAUGACUUCCAUGUACAAGAGGGUAAUGCCUAUGGAAGAAGCUGAAGCCCUUGUUAGGCAGUGGCAAGCAAUUAAAGCUGAGGCUUUGGGGCCUAGCCAUCAAGUUCAUAGCCUCUCUGACGUCCUUGACGAAUCAAUGCUUGUUCAGUGGCAAGCUCUGGCUAACGUGGCAAAGGCCAAGUCUUGUUAUUGGAGAUUCGUUUUGCUACGGCUGUCUGUUCUGCAAGCUGACAUUAUGUCAGAUGGGAUUGGAGCAGAGAUGGCAGAAAUCAAGGCUCUUUUAGAGGAAGCCGCAGAGCUUGUUGAUGAAUCUCAACAAACAAACCCAAAUUAUUACAGCACCUAUAAAGUUCGUUAUGUUCUAAAGAGGCAAGAUGAUGGUUCAUGGAAGUUCUAUGAAGCUGAAACCCAAACACCAUCAUAAUAUUCGGCCUAAAUAUGGAAACAUGAGCCAUCUUCAGCUAACUUGGUUCUUCGCAUCUUCAACUUUUAUCUUGCUGAGGAGACCUGUAAAAAAUGAAAGAGGAUAUCCGAGGAGGGCGUGAGAACCUUUAACAACUGGUUAGAUGUACAUCAUGUGAGUGGGGUUUGCUGCUUCUUAAAGGGUGGAUAUAUAAUAGGUGCAUUCAAAGGAAAUUGGAGCUGAAUAAUUUGGUUAGUUCUUACGAACUUUUGUAAAAAGUGUCAAUGACCUAAUUUGGAAUCUACAUCAAUUUUUCGUAUUAUUAAUGUGAGUCCUGAUUCUUUUCUGGAA